ACUGGUGAUCCAUCAGUGUUCUGCCGUCUGGGUUCUGAAGAACUCCACUAGUGAUGACUGAUUCAAAGCUUUCAGUUGGGGAAUGAGAAUAAGAGGAGCAUUUUAUUUUGUUUUGGCCACAUGAAAUUACCUUCAUGGCUUUAUUUUGUCUCCAAUUUUUUGGUGCGAUCUGAAAUUAGAGAGAGCCCAAACCUUUCGUCUCUUCUGUCUCUCUCCAGUGUUCCUCCAACGUCGUCUUCGUGGCCGGCAAUCGUGGGUACACCGGAAAUCUUCCCCUUCUUCUUCGGUCCGUACUGAGGGAGAGAGCUCGAUUUCUUUCUUUCUUCCUCCUCCUUCGUCCGUUCCGUUAGCCACCUGGUGACUGUAGUGUGGCUUUCGUCGCUGCUAGAGGCAAAACCCGUGAUUCUUCCUUGCGUGACCCGCGUCUUCUUCCCUUUUGUUCUGCAUAGGUGCUGUUAUGUGUUGGGGGGCUUCGAAUCCUUCAAUCCAUCAACUCCUUUGCUCCUUGGAAUUUUAAAGUUUCACACUUCAAAUUUUCUCUCCUUGGCUUCAUGAGAUAGGACUAAACUGAAGUUGUGUACAGCAGAUUUUUUCCUGGGUAAAAAUAUAAAGCAGAUUUAAAUGAGUACUUCAGAUGAAGAACGCUCGGUAAUAGGAAGCAAGGCGGAAAUUGGGUUUCUAGAUUUUGCAGAAGAGAGAUCUGUCUGUAGUUAUGCUCCUAAUGAGGAGGACCCCAUUGUCAUAUCUGUCCCAUUUCCGUUUGUGAAUGACAAACCACAAUCAGUAUAUGUAGGCCAUACUGCUGUAGAUGUAAUAACAAUCAAGAACACCACCAAUGAACCAGUGGAACUGUGGAGUGUUCAUAUUUUUGCUUCAAAUCCUGAGGACUGUUUCACACUUUCUCUGAUGGAACCUCCAUCUGCAAAUUUAAAUGCAGAUAGCAUUCAAGGUUUUCUAGAGUCUUUCUCUUUGGAGGACAGGAUGCUUCAACCUGGUGAGAUUUUGAAAGUGUGGUUGUCUUGCAAAACAAAGGAAAUGGGAUUGCACACGACAAUUGUGUAUAUUGAUGCAGGGGAUGCAAGAAUAGAAAGGACGGUUUUUCUCUUAGCUGAAGACAAAAUCUCCCAAUCUUUGGCUUCCAAAAAGCCUUAUUCAAAAGGAAGAAAGAAAGAAAAAUUUGUUGUAAGUGCUUAUGUUGCUGGCUCACGUCCUGUGAGGAAGGGAAAUCGUGUAUACAAGAAUAGGCUUCAGACAUAUGACAUUCCCAAGGAAAUAAGAGACAUGCUGGAGAGCAAUCAGAUCCCUGAUGCCAUUGAAAGAGGUCUUACAAGGAAGAAUUAUGUAUCUUAUUUCAAAACAUUAAUUAUGAUGGAAGAACUACAAUUGGAGGAAGACAUGAGGACCUAUGAUAUGGAAUGUGUAACUUUGAGAAGAAAGGCGCAUCAAUUCUUGUCACUGGAGGUUCCAGGGCUGGCUGAGAGGAGGCCAUCACUGGUUCAUGGGGAUUAUAUUUUUGCCAAGCUGGCCUCUGAACAUGAUAAUGAUAACGUACCUGUUUACCAGGGUUAUGUUCACCGUGUUGAGGCUGAUGAAGUAUGUUUGAAGUUUGAUCCUCAAUUUCAUUUUUUCCACAAAGAUGAAGAUCUAUACAACGUUCACUUCGCCUAUAAUAGGCUCAAUAUGAGACGGUUAUAUCAGGCAGUUGAGGCUGCAGAAAACCUAGGAAAUGAAUUCUUAUUUCCACAUGAGACGCCUAGAAGGAGGCGCAUUGAAACCUCUCAUUUGGUGCCUAUUUCUGGUAAUGUUAAUGAGGAGCAGAUGCUUGCAAUCAAGAAGAUUCUUGGAUGCAAAGGUGCACCUCCUUAUCUGAUUCAUGGUCCUCCUGGUACAGGAAAGACUAGUACCAUAGUAGAAGCAGUCCUCCAACUCUACAAAAAUUGUAGGAAAGCUCAUAUUCUCAUCUGUGCACCCUCAAAUAGUGCUGCAGACUACCUACUUGAGAAACUCCUUGGUCAAAAGGCUGUCGAAUUUCGAGAGGAGGAAAUAUUUAGGCUUAAUGCAUCUACGAGGCCUUAUGAGGAGAUGAAACCUGAGCUUUUGCGCUUCUGCUACUUUGAUGAGUGUGUGUUCAAAUGUCCUCCAGCCAGAGCUAUCAUGCAUUAUAAGAUCGUAGUAUCAACUUAUAUGAGUGCUUGUCUUCUUUAUGCUGAAGGUGUCAUCCGAGGCCACUUUUCACACAUUUUCUUGGACGAGGCUGGCCAGGCUUCAGAACCAGAAACCAUGAUCCCAAUAUCUCAUCUCUGCAAAAGGGAGACUGUUGUCGUUGUAGCUGGAGACCCGAUGCAGUUGGGUCCGGUAAUAUAUUCCAAGGAAGCAGACAGCAACGGAUUGGGGAAAUCAUACUUGGAAAGAUUGUUUGAAAGUGAAUUAUAUUCAUAUGGAGAUAAGAACUAUUUAACCAGAUUGAUUAGAAACUAUAGGUGUCACCCGCAUAUAUUACAUCUCCCUUCCAAGCUGUUUUACGAAGGAGAAUUGAUUGCAUGUAAGGAUGAUGCUAAUUCUUUGAUGCUGAGUGAAAACUUCCUCCCUAAUAAAGAGUUCCCUGUUCUCUUCUUCGGCAUCCAAGGAUGUGAUGAAAGAGAAGGGAAUAAUCCAUCAUGGUUCAACAGAAUUGAAGUGAGUAAGGUCACAGAAUUAGUCAAGAGGCUUAUGACCGGUGGAAAUAUGAAGGAGGAAGACAUUGGGAUUAUAACACCGUAUAGGCAACAAGUACUCAAAAUAAAGCAGACACUUGAAAGUAUAGAUUUGCCAGAGAUUAAGGUUGGAAGUGUUGAGCAGUUUCAGGGACAGGAGAGACGAGUUAUUAUAAUAUCGACCGUUCGCUCAACAAUCAAACAUAAUGACUUUGACAGGUUAUACUGUUUAGGAUUCUUGAGCAAUCAUCGGAGAUUUAAUGUUGCAAUAACACGUGCCAUAUCGCUUCUGGUUAUUAUUGGGAACCCUCACAUAAUCUCUCGGGAUUACUAUUGGCACAGACUCUUGUGGCAUUGUGUGGAGAAUUCAUCUUAUCUGGGGUGUUCUCUUCCUGAAAGACUGGAGGUUCAGGAGGACUCUGGCUUCAAAAAUUUUCAAGAAAACUCAUUGCCCUCUGAAGAUGUGGCAUGGGAUCAGGAUUCACCUCAAUCUGAGUUGCCCAAACCAGCUGGUGCAGAUGAAGAUGAUUGGUCUGAUGGUUGGAAGUAGUCUAUCUAUCUAGCGCUUAGGAGCGGGAGUUGAUAUAUUCGCUCAGGUCUUUUCCCCCCUUUAUGGCCAAAUAUUUGUUUACGUUUACUAGGAGGUUGUUUGGGUCAAUGUUCGCAAAAUUACAUUUUGCAUAUGCUACAGUUUGCAAAGUGAUGUUGGGUUAAAAGUUGAUCUAUGUUUAGAUGCUCUUUUGUAAAAAAUUAA